CGCAUCACGAGAUUGGAUUAGAUUGUAUCUCAACUGCUGAUUCAAUUGUCUCGAUUGCGUGAAACAAAACGGUCUAAAUUAAAUAGGCCCUUAUUGAAAAUGACGUUCAUAUUUCCAUGAACAAAACCGUGGAGUUCAAUUCCGUCAAAACUUUUCUCAGAUGCCAUUAUGUAUACGCUCCAAGGAAAAACUUAGGAUUCAACCGAGCAAAAAGGGAAGUCAAAGAUUUCACAAUGUAGGAAGGCACAUCCAACCACAUCCUCAUCAUCAUCCGCUUCAUUCUCCGCCUUUCAUCCGCUUCAUUCAUCCGCUUCAUUCUCCGCUUCUUCAGAAAUUGUACCUGUGUUGAGUUCUUUUUGGUCUUGUUUUGUUUUACCAACAUAAUCAAUAUUUAAUGAGUCCUUCGGCUCUUAAUUUCUUAAUUCUUAUUGAAUCUGACUGCAAAAAAGGAGCGAAUUUGGAAAACACGAUAAACCAUCGUUUUUAUUUAAAUCACGACUUGGUUUUCUUGGCCUCAUGCUUUUGCAAGAAAGCUUUUAAUAUAAAUCAGUUCAACAUCUAUUUAUCAACCCGCAAACAAAGAGUGAACAUAGGCAGCAUAUUAGCCCACAAAUCGAAACAAACAUCUAAUCAAACCACAAUAAUUGACAAUAAAAUCUCGAGGCUAGGCAGCAAACUCACGAAUUUGAUACUGUCGCUAUAAAUAAUAGUUCGCUUAUUGUUUUAAGUUAAUAAGUAAGGCGUAAAUUUCUUAACUCUGAUUGUCAGUUUCGGAAUUAUGGACGAAAAUGGAAAGUACCAGGUUAAAUUGCGUAUGAAAAAAGGCGGAGCUAGAUUCCGGAAAUCAAACUCAAUAACAGCUGACGUCAUAGAAAUGAAGACUUUGAUGGAGGAGGAUUCUGCCGACGAAGAGGAGGUGGCAACUCCUCGACUGUACAGAUCCCAUUCAGUUCCCUCGACUCCGCUUACGACUCCAAACAAACCAAAGAAAGAAGAAAAAGUCAGCAGUGGUCGCACGAAGCGAAUUUUGUCCAGAUGUGCCACAACUAUCGGCACCAUGUCCAAAUGCACAAUGGAACACAUUACACAAGUGGUGCCUGCCCCUGGACAGACCAACGCAGCUGUCAACCACGUGAACAAACACUCACGAUAAUGGAGAAAAAAGACUGACUUAUUUUCCGGUUAUACCAAUAACUGAGUCAGAAAAAGGCUUAUAACAAUUGCAUUAAAAUUAAGUUAUUUUUUCCAAUUAUUUUGGUUGCAACAAUGAAGAUGAUUAGUUGCAUUUAUAGAGCUUCAAAGAAAAUGAUUUGGCAGCAGAGCAGAAAACUUGAUCAAUGACUUGUGUAUCU